AUGAGCAAUAUUAACACAACACCACCUCUUGUUAAUCUGAAUAAAAUCAACACAGUCCCAGAAGUUGAAAUACGGUUGCACGAGCCACUCAUUAUGAAACCGAAAUCUCGUAAAAAACGGAUAGGGUUACAUGUUUUAAACGCGUUAGCAAGACUAGAAGUUUUGUUGAGUAAAGAGGAAAUGCUUGCAAGUUCGGAAACUGGUGUGCAGAACUUGAAGCAGUUUCUCGAGUCCAUCUUCCUAACUGGUAAUGUUUUAAUGUGGAUUGCUGAACGAUAUUUACAAAUGUUAGGAAACAGUACUGGGCAACAAUAUAACAAAACAGAGAUUGAAAAUACAAUUGCUGCUUUAGAACUUUCGAUAUUGCAAUUUGAAGAAGAUGGAUUAGCAAAAAAGGAUAUUCAAACGUAUCUUAAAGAACUUGGCCUCACGUUGUUAUUCCCGAAAUCUGCGAAGCGAUUAAUUGUGCCAAAUCUCGCCUCAGGGAAAAUCGAUGCUUUGGCACAUUUCCAUGAGAUGAAUCAAUGCCUCAACCAAGCUGGUGGUCAUUUUAUUAAAUAUAAAUCGCGUGUUGAAUUACAUUUCGAUGCUAUUAAAUCACUGACAAAUGGCUUAGAACAACCGAGACUUUCACCAGAACAAAAAGAAUGUGGAAGACCUGUUACCGCGAUGUCACAGCCUCUGGCGGCGUAUUUAAACAAUAUUAGUGAGGUGGCACCAAAAUGA